AUGUCGCAUACGGGUACUUUUAGGGGGACGCCCAAUAAGACCAUCGGGAGAGGAAGAAUGCCUGAUUUUGAAAGCUCAAGUACCUCCCACAUCCCCCGACCUCGCUCAGACCGUCCAGAAUCCUCUGUCGCGUCUACCACCAACACCCCUUCAAGUGAUCUCGGAACCGGCACCAUGAGCGCCGCCAGUAGCAGACAACGACAGAACCAGUCGAAGCGUGAUGAGGCAAUCCGCCGCAAGAUGGAGGCCGACCUGAACAAGAAGAAGCAUAACCCGACCAAAGCCAGAAAUUCUCGCAAAGCUCCACCCGGUACUGUGCUCGCUUUGAAGCCAAGCCAAGCUCUUCAGAUCAAACCCUCGCUCAGCAUUGCCGAGGCUGCCCAGCUCAUGGCUGCGAAGCGGGAGGAUUGUGUACUGGUUACUGAUGAGGACGAUCGCAUUGCUGGUAUCUUUACCGCCAAGGAUUUGGCGUUCCGUGUGGUUGGCGCCGGCCUCAAGGCCCGAGACGUCAGCGUGGCCGAGAUCAUGACCAAAAACCCUCUGUGUGCACGAACAGACACAAGUGCUACGGACGCACUGGACCUGAUGGUCCGAAAGGGAUUUAGACAUUUGCCCGUCAUGGACGAGAAUCAAGAUAUCUCGGGUAUCCUCGAUAUUACUAAGUGCUUCUACGAUGCCAUGGAGAAGCUGGAGCGCGCCUAUAGCUCGUCACGAAAGCUGUAUGAUGCGCUAGAGGGAGUCCAAACCGAGUUGGGGUCAAGUCAGCCGCAGCAGGUCAUUCAGUAUGUCGAAGCGCUGCGAUCCAAGAUGUCGGGUCCCACUCUUGAGAGCGUACUGGAUGGCAUGCCCCCUGUGACCGUCUCCGUUCGAACCACCGUCAAAGAUGCCGCGGCGCUGAUGAAAGAGCACCACACCACUGCUUUGCUGGUCCAGGACCAAGGAUCCAUUACCGGUAUCUUCACCAGCAAAGACAUUGUCCUCCGAGUCAUCGCGCCCGGCCUCGACCCUGCUACCUGCAGCGUCGUCCGUGUGAUGACCCCUCAUCCCGACUUUGCUCCCUCCGACAUGAGUAUUCAGGCUGCGCUGCGUAAGAUGCACGAUGGUCAUUAUCUCAAUUUGCCCGUGAUGAAUGAAGGCGGAGAAAUCGUCGGCAUGGUGGACGUGCUGAAGUUGACAUACGCUACUCUCGAACAAAUCAACACCAUGUCUACCCAGGAUGACGAAGGUCCAGCGUGGAAUAAGUUCUGGUUGUCCAUGGAUCAUGAGUCAGACUCCAUGGUGUCUGGAAGUCAGCCUCAUCGCUCUGUCAUGAGUCCUGAUAUGGGUCGAUCGCAAUAUGACAACAGCGUGCUCCCGCAUGACUCCGCUUCCCACCAAGGAGGCGAGGAGCACUCCGAAGUUGCAUCUCAGCACCACCAGCACCACACGGAAAAUGUGCCAUUCCCAUUCAAAUUCAAGGCUCCCAGUGGCCGGGUUCACCGCGUGAAUGUCCUGAGUUCUUCCGGUGUGGCUGAUUUGGUCACCCAGGUGACUGCCAAACUUGGCGCUGAACUGGAAGCCGUGGGCGGCGAGGCUGUUGUCCAAGAAGGUCGACUCAGCAACACUGGCUACGCUCUGAGCUACAUGGACAACGAAGGGGACACAGUGUCAAUCACGACAGAUCAAGAUAUGCUGGAUGCGAUCGAUCUCGCGCGCCGUGCUCGACGUGACAAGGUUGAUCUGUUUGUUCACGACCCGUCUCAGCCUCCAAUUCCCGCCACCCUGGACCCGCAACCCGCCAAGCCUGCGACUCCAGUUAUCGAGGAGCCUAAGAGUGUCGUUGUAGACGCGUCAUCGGAGGAGCCUGUGUUGAGCAACACUCACCCGGCCUUCCCAGCAAGCCGCCGUGCCGAAGAGCAGCUAAUUGCCGGUGUUCCUAACGACCUUCUUUUGCCGGGAGCCAUUGUCACCUUGGCUGCUGUGAUUGCCGGUGUCUUCAUCCUUAGCCGCCCCAGUGGUCGUUGA